GUGUAUUGGUUCGUUUCCCAAUGCAACUUGGGUAAAUUCUUCUGGCAACAAAAUGGCGGCUAAUGCAAAAGUUGUUGUUGUAUAAGUUCGGUAACUACCGUCCACCUGUAAGCAUUAACGGCGUCYCAUUCKACURAUAUUCAAAGAAACCAACAUGGCAGCGAAGAGAGUCGAAAGUUAUCUAGAUUACCACAAGAUUGGACCGCUUUUUGAGGAUUUGAUGGCCAAGUUAAUUAAAGACAUGCCAGAACAACCAAUACCUUUUCUAAUUAAACUAUUAAAGAAACACAGCCCAGAGGACAAUAUACCUCACAGCCGUCCCCCGUCAGGUAGUAAGUCAAGAUCUCCUAUGUCUAGCAGUAUGAGYUUGAGUGGUAAACCUGUGCCCCGUCAAUCACUGGACGACAGUCGUGAGUUCAAGCGAAGUGCUUUGGCCAAGUCAUGGGCCGCACCAGAUACUCGUGACARACCAACAAGUGCAAGCAAGUCACGUGAAUAUGACAGACCAUGGCUGCAUGGCAGUAAGAAGGGCAGAGGGGAGCAGUCUCACUCUAACAAAGAAAAUUCCAAACAUGGAAUAAAGAGAUCAGAGGAGAGACCUAGUUCAUGGAAUCCUGAUACCAAAGUCUCAUAUAAUGACUUUGACGAAUGGUUUGAAGCAGAAAAUAAAAAGCAAAAGGGUGCAGGACAUACUGGACCAACUGUACAAGACACAGAAUCUAAGCAGUCUUGGCACGAUAAUCAUGAUGAGUUGGAUACCAGUAUGGAUAAGAGGGGUAUUGGAUAUCCGCUUCAUGUAAAUAUUAAAUCAAGGCAGACUCCACCACAAGCUGAUGCUGAUGACCUGGAAGGGGAGGAGAUUAGUUUCUCUAGACACAGGAAGACCAGAGGAGARAGCAGUGAAGGGAACUCUGUGGCCUCUGACAGUAGUUCUGGGAGAUACAGCAAGAAGAAUGCAAGRCAUGCUUCAAAGGAGCAUCGUAAACAACUUGAAUCUCUGCUGUUCAACUCCAGUGAUGCCUCAUGUCAAUCAYGRCAUCAUGGCAAACKGUCAGAUGAAGACAAGGAUUAUGGGACUGAACUUUUAGAAAGUCCCAAUGAAUUAGAGAAUGAAGGUGUAGCUAAUCCAGUAAACUCUGGAUACAAAGUAUCAAAAGGUUUGAAGUCAGGAGCAUCUUCACAGGAAUCAGUCAAAGUCAGCAUCUGUGCCCGGUGUGCAAGAAUCAUCUCAGGGAUGCCGAGUGAUCAAAGAUCAGAUGCUGCCAGCAAUUUUUCCAAUGGAACUGAUGAUGACUUUGAAAGUGUUUCUCAAGCAGGAAGCAUGACUGGUGAACCAGCUCGUAUAAAGUGGCCWUCAGGUUUUGACUCAGAAAAUGAUACAGUGACUCCGAGAAAAAAUAAACCAAUGUGGGAGAAACCAGACACCAAACCACAGAAAGGAAAACACAUGUACAAUAGGAAUAGCUCCACAUUUUUAACAGACCUUGUUGGAAGCCCCAGUCCCAGGCCUACUUCAGCUGCUUCUGGCCGUAGUGAUGACUUGUUUAUACCGAAACCUGGUAAAGGAUGGCAGCAAAAAAGCGGYGAAUAUUCGUCUGACAACGACACCGAUGUUAAUGUCAAAUAUGGUCGUAGUAGUCCCAGUACUACUCGUCUUGCGGAAGGGCGACCGUGGGCCAGGCCUYUAGAUAGCGCGAGUGACGCUGGGAGCGAGGACUGGACCUUAGAUCGAGGCAAGAAAGUGAACUUCAAAUCAAAAGGCUUCAGACGAAGCUACUUGACUGAUGAUUCCGAUCAUUAAGAAUACUAUACGUUCUUAAAUCCUUCCAUCGUCGUUAACGUACACGCAAGGCUCCUGACUUAUUUUAGACGUCAGAUAUGCAAAACCAACAGCAAAAACAGACUACGCACACAAUUCUAUAUAAUACUACCUUUACAUGUCGACUUUUAAAGCACUGUAAAAUUUAUUCAUAUCAAAUGUAACAAAAAUAACUUAUUAUUCAUUAAAACUAAAAUGAACGAAG